GUUCAUCCUAGUUUGCAAUAUGAUACACCUGGAAAGCAUAGACAAGAACCAAAAGGACAACGUUUAUCAAGUACCACCCUGCUAAUAGUCUCGUUUUUCAUUUUAUUUUCUUGCAUUCUUCCUAUGUUUUCUUCAAUUUUCUUACCAACCAAACACGAGGAGGAUUUAACUGAAUUUUAAUUUUUCAGCAUAAUCUGACAUUCAAUAAUGCAGCGAAGGAUACUAUUCCAAAUUGUUCAUUCAGACGCACUCAAUUUUCAAACAAUUCCCAAUUUCAAUUUCACCUUUGCAAGAACCCUAGCUACACAUGUAGAAGAAGCAGAUCCUCUAUAUGCAGAUGUACCAAAGUCUCGCAGAACCAAGUCGGAGAGGAAACCAUAUCCAACACCAAUGAAUGUUCUGAUUCGGAGAGCAAAGGAGGAGAGAGAAGCUCGGAAGGCCCAGCCUUGUAGAUUGCUCGAAGAACCUCCUGAUAAUGGUCUACUCGUUGCCCAACUCGUUGAAGUGGCUCACCGAGUUUAUCGAGCUAGAGAAUCUCUCCUACUUGGCAUUUCCAAACUCGUCGAUUUCAUUCCGAUCCAACGAUGUAGGUACUGUUUUGAGGUUCACAUUGGCCAUGUUGGUCAUGAAAUUCGUACCUGCAUUGGCCCAAAGAGUGGUUUACGGAGUGCUAAGCAUGAAUGGAGAAAGGGAGGAGUUCAAGAUGUAAUUUACUUUCCAAAUUGUUUUCAUCUCUAUGACCGAGUUGGAAAACCAAGAAUUGGCCAUGAUGAGAGACAUAUUGUCCGACGUAUCCCAGCCAUUGUAGAGCUCUGUAUACAAGCUGGUGUGGACCUCAAGAAGUAUCCUACAAGGAGAAGAACAAAACCAGUUUAUUGUAUUGAAGGUAGAAUUGCAGAUUUUGAGGCACAGACAGAAAAAGAUGCGACUGGAAAUCCUAAUUCUGAGGAUUGUAAAUUGGCAAUAGAUUUUAAUUCAAGCACAGAAAAUGGUAGAAUUGGUGACAAAUCGAUUUUGGAUAAUUUGAUUAUACCUGAGGUGCAACCCAGCCCUGAACAAAGAAAGAGCUUGAGGGAGCUAAGCUCUGUGACAUUGGAGUCAUGGUUUGAGAUGAUAUCUGGAGCAAAGAAGAUAAUGGAAAAAUACUGUGUGUGGACUUGUGGUUAUUGUCCUGAGAUUCAGGUGGGGCCAAAGGGGCACAAGGUUAGAAUGUGCAAGGCAUCAAAGCACCAGUCUCGCAAUGGUUUACAUGCAUGGCAAGAAGCAACAAUAGAUGAUCUUGUGGGUCUUAAUUAUGUCUGGCAUGUGCGUGAUCUCCGUGGGCCACCAUUGGUUAACAACCUGAAGAGGUAUUAUGGCAAGGCGCCAGCUGUGGUCGAGCUAUGUGUGCAAGCUGGUGCUCACGUUCCAGAUCAGUGUAGGAGUAUGAUGAGAUUAGAUGUGGUUCCUCCUGGUCGUGAUGAAGUUGAUCUUGUAACGUGAUGAGACUUUCUUUCAACCAGAUAUUUCAAAACAGUUGAAACAAUCAUGUAAGUUAUUGACCAAUGCAGUGUCUCCCAUUCUGCUAGAUUGAAGAUCAAUUUAGCGCGAAAAGAGAAAAACAAGGGUUCAAUUGAGGGUGUUCUCGAUUCAGUAGCUUGCUUUGUAGGCUUUUAAUAUGAGAUUGAUUCAGUUGUUGCAUUUUGUAAACUAGAUUUAGGGUUCCUUCUUCUUGUUAUGUUCAGGUUCUUGUUGGCUCUUGAAUUUUAAUUCUAAUUAAACCUCAUAUUUG